CGGAGGGGGCGGGGUGCGGGCCGGCGGCGGCAGCAGCAUCAAAGAGCCCCGAUUCCUGCCGCCCUGGGAGCCAUGCGCCGCUGUCUGUAAUGUCAGCGGAACAGGAGAAGGACCCCAUCGCGCUGAAGAGAUCCCGAGGUGGUGACGGUGGAUUGGAUGGGUUAGGAGGACCAGGAGUGCAGCUUGGAAGCCCCGAUAAGAAAAAGCGCAAAGCAAACACACAGGGAUCUUCAUUUCCUCCUCCAUCUGAAUAUGCUCCACCGCCGAAUCCAAGCUCUGACCACCUUGUAGCUGCAAAUCCAUUUGAUGACAACUAUAAUACUGUGUCUUAUAAACCACUUCCUGCAGGAAAUCCUUAUUUUAGUAAUCCUGGUUAUCCUGGCUUUGGAGGCUAUAAUACUUUCAGAAUGCCACCUCACAUGCUGCACAGAGUGUCUGCGCCGUAUGGUGGUUCCUAUUCCCUCAGAAACCAACCACACCCUCUUCCUCAAAACCCUGUAGGAAUGGGUUUUAGUCGACCCCACUCUUUCAGCUUUGGUCCACAUGAUAGCCCAGGUUUUGCAAAUCAGCCACCUUAUAGUGGCAGUCAGAUAAAUCAGAAUGUCAGUAUGCCUGGUCAACAUUUCAGGCCAAAUCCUGGUGAGAACUUUGGCCAUUCUGGACAGAUACCUCAUCCUGAUGUGCCACCUAACUUUGGUCCUGGAAACAAUUCAAAUUUCCCAAAUUCUCAGCUAGAGUCAAGCCACUCUUUUGUUCCUCCACCAAGCACUUACAACCAGACAAAAUCAUCAGUACAAAAGCAAGACUUUAAUCUAGGUGCAAGCAAAGCAUCCAGCCAGAACACUACUGCUCUUCAGCAUCAUCACAGGACAGAGGACAUUGUGAGUCAAGGUAACAGUGACCUAAAAAAUGUUACUCGAAACAACGUGGUAAAUCAGGAUGGUAGCCAUUCUAAUAGUGCUGAUAACAAUAAUGCUGGCCAUUCAAAUGGGACUCAGAGUAAGUCCCGCCAGCCUCGAGGUACCACUGAAGGAUGCAACUCUGAAAAGAGCAGCAAAACACCCCUUCAUCCCAGUCGGCAUGGUCACUCGUCCUCUGAACCCGUCUAUCCGUGUGGAAUUUGUACGCAUGAAGUUAAUGAUGACCAGGAUGCAAUCCUGUGUGAAGCCUCUUGUCAAAAAUGGUUUCAUCGAAUCUGUACUGGCAUGACUGAGUCAGCUUAUGGCCUUCUUACAGCAGAAGCAUCAGCAGUGUGGGGUUGUGAUACAUGUAUGGCUGACAAAGAUGUCCAGCUAAUGCGUACAAGAGAGACUGCAGGGCCACCUGCACUGAAUACGGAUGGCUAACAGUGUCAGUUGGUGGUAGUGGCUGAGCUACUUACUGUGAAGAUUUGGUUGUGAAUCGAGUACUUUCUGUUCUGAA